UCUCCUCCCCCCCUCUCUCCCCCUCUCUCCCCCUCUCUCCCUCCUCCCCCUCUCCCCCCCCCUCUCCCCCCCUCUCCCCCCUCUCUCCCCCCUCCCCCCUCCCCUCUCCCCCCCUCUCCCCCCCCCCCUCUCCCCCCUCUCCCCCCUCCCCCUCCCCCCCCCCCCUCCCCCCCCCCCCUCUCCCCCCCUCCCCCCUCUCUCCCUCCUCUCCCUCCCCCUCCCCCCUCUCCCCCCUCUCCCCCUCCCCCCCCUCUCCCUCCUCUCCCCCCUCCCUCCCCUCUCCCCCCCCCUCUCUCUCCCCCCUCCCCCCCCUCUCUCCCCCCUCUCUCCCCCUCUCUCCCCUCUCUCCCCCCUCUCCCCCCCUCCCCUCCCCCCCCCCCCCUCUCCCCCCCCUCCCCCCUCUCCCCCCCUCCCCCCUCUCCCCCUCUCCCCCCUCCCCCCCCUCUCCCCCCCCCCCCCUCCCCCCCCCCUCCCUCCUCCCUCCUCUCUCCCCCUCCCUCCCCCCCCCCCUCCUCUCCCCCCCUCCCCCCCCCCCCCCCUCCCCCCUCCUCUCCCCCCCCUCCCUCCCCCCUCUCUCUCCCCCCCUCUCUCUCCCUCCCUCCCCCCUCCCCUCCUCCCCCCUCUCCCCCCCUCCCCUCCCCCCUCUCUCCCCCCUCCCCCCCCCUCCCUCCCCCCUCUCCCCCCUCUCUCCCCUCCUCUCCCCCCUCUCCCCCCUCUCCCCCCCCUCUCCCCCCUCCCCCCCCCCUCCCUCCCCCCCCCCCCCCCCCCCUCCCCCCUCCCCCCCUCUCCCCCCCCCCCCCCCCUCCCCCCCCCCCCCCCCCUCCCCCCCCUCUCUCCCCCCCUCCCCCCUCCCCCCUCCCCCCUCCCUCUCCCCCUCCCUCCCCCCCCCCCCUCCCUCCCCCUCCUCCCCCCCCCCCCCCUCCUCCCCCCCCUCCCCCCUCCCCCCCCCCCCCCCCUCCCCCCUCCCCCCCUCUCCCCCCCCCCCCCCCCCCCUCCCCCCCUCUCUCCCCCCCCUCCCUCCCCCCCCCCCCUCCCCCUCCCCCCCCCCCCCUCCCCCCUCUCCCUCCCUCCCCCCCCCCUCUCCCCCUCCCCCCCUCUCCCCCCCCUCCCCCCCCCCCCUCUCCCCCCUCCCCCCCCCCCCCCCCCCCCCCCCCCCCCCUCCCCCCCCCCCCCCCCCCUCCCCCCCCCCCCCCCCCCCUCCCCCCUCUCCCCCCCUCCCCCCCUCCCCCCCUCCCUCCCUCCUCCCCCCCUCUCUCCCCCCCCCCCCCCCCCCCCCCCCCCCCCUCCCUCCCCCCCCCC